CGAGUCAGAAGCGUCAACUUGACGAGGCGUCCAAAAAAUAAAAAUUAAAAAAGUCGGCGAUCAGGAAGUGAAAUCCGGAGCAGCAGCAGCAGCAGCCAAGCAAAUAAUCGCGUGGACGAGCCAGCAGAGUUCAUGUGCGACAUACACAGCCUGGACCCCCACGGCGUGUCUCCACCAUGCAACAUGAGUUGGGCAAUGGAGCCCGCUAACUUCUACGAGAGCGCCAAGCUCGGGGUUCCGCUGGCCGGGCCGUGCAAGCCGGCGGUCCGGCCCGAGGAGGGGGCCGCCACCAUGGCCGAGCUCACCGCCCCGGCCAUAUACGACGACGAGAGCGCCAUCGACUUCAGCCAGUACAUCGAGUCCAUGACGUCCGUGCCCAACCUGGAGCUCUGCAACGACGAGCUCUUCCUCGACCUCUUCAACACGGUCAAGCAGGAGAAGGCGGAGCUGUACGCCGCCCAGGCGUCGGUGCCGCCGGUCUGCCAGACCCCCUACGCCGCGGAUCGCAGGUCGGCCUCGGCGGCGCAGGACAAGGGUCCGUUCGGGGGACCGUCCAUCAAGCAGGAGUCCGACUGGAGCGACAGCGACGUGUCGUCGUCGCUGCCGUGUCAGAUCGAAACCUGCGCCCAGACCUCGGUCAGCCUCCCCACGGGGCAGCCGACGCCGCCCGCCACGCCGGAGCCCGUCUCGGCCAAGGGCUCGCCGCGCAAGUCCGGCCGGGAGAAGUCCAAGAAGGCGGUGGACAGGUUCAGCGUGGAGUACCGACAGCGGCGGGAGAGGAAUAACAUCGCCGUGCGCAAGAGCAGGGACAAGGCCAAGAUGCGCAACUUGGAGAUGCAGCAGAAGCUGAUCGAGUUGAGCUCCGAGAACGACAGACUGCACAAAACCAUCGAGCAGCUCACCCGGGAGCUGGGCGGCCUCCGAGAGUUCUUCAAGCAGAUGCCCGGAGCCUCCUUCGCGGGGAGCGUCAUCGCGGAGGGUCGGUGACCAAGUGACGCUUCCAUGCCCCAUGUUUUUUUUUUUGUUUUGUUUUAAAUAAUUUUGGAAGAGAUACCUCAAGAGACAUUUUGUUCUUUACCAUCUGUACCAGAUGUAUUUUAAGCUUACCAUAAUGGCACUGGAAAAUAUAUGAUGUCGCUGCCAUAUUUUUUGUGGGAUUUAUUGUUCUUUGUAUUAAAUUAUUUUA